CAAAACAUUGGCACAAUGAUCUGAACUAAAAGCGCACAAGAUGGAAAUGGAAAUGUUUUAAACCGAUUAUUUGACUUGAAUACUGUAUUUUAAUUUCUUGUUUACUUUUUCAGAUAAGUUUUUUGCGGGAAUACUACAAUCAUGUCCUCCUCUUUGGAUCAUCUGAAGACAGAUUGGACAAUCAAGUCACUCCCACAGCAAUGCACAGAGAUGACAAAAGAAAUUGACGAUAAACCUGUCAAGGAGCUAUGUGGUAUCUUCCCCUGGCUGGUGGAGAGGGUUGUUGGCAGCCUGGAUGGCAGCAUUGUUGGUUGGAGUCUUUCCUCCCUGCAAGCCCACAGCAGUGACUACAGCAAUGUACUGGAGUUCCUACGACCAAGGUGGACCUGUCUGUGAUUUUGAGACGUUCCACAACUUGCUAUCGAUAAUAUUAUAUUACUAAUGUGUAUUGCACCUACAGCAGGGCUCUCCAACCCUGUUCCUGGAGAGCUACCCUCCUGUAGGU